UUUAUUUUGAUUUCGUUACGUAGGUUUACAGGGACUCGGAAGCAACACCAAUGGUGUGUUGUGACUUUUGCCAGCGCUGGGUUCAUUGUCAGUGUGAUGGAAUCAGCGAAGAGAAAUACAUGCAGUUUCAAGUGGAUGGGAAUCUUCAAUACAAAUGUUCUACUUGCCGUGGGGAAUGCUACCAGGUCAAGGAUCUUGAUGAUGCUAUACAGGAAAUCUGGAAGCGAAAAGAUAUUGCUGAGAAAGAGCUAAUUGCUAGCCUGAAAGCUAGUGCUGGGGUAGUUGGGCAAACUGGUGGUGCCUCUCUUAUCAAUCAGCCUAGAUCUGUGGAAAGAAAAGUUUCUGAGAAGGCUGUGGUCAAUGGUGAAGAAGAGAAGCCAUUGAGAGUUCUCAGGAUAAAAACUAGCAAGCCUCAAGAUUCAGAUAGUGAGAAAUUUGGAAAACACACUACAGAGCUGAAUACUGUGAAGGCGAAAAAAUUGGUGAUAAGUAUAGGUCCUCGAAAGACAGGGGUUACAAACUCUACGAGCUGCGAUGUAUCAAAGCUUUCUUCCAAAUCCAAUGGAAAGCAAGAGAAAUUGCAAACAGAAGAAAUGUUGUCCCAAGAACCGCAUCGCAGUUUGUUGGGAAAGAAUAAUGACGAAAAGAGAGGGUCUCGAGGUGAAGUGGCCACUUCAAAGGCUGAGGGCGGAAUCAUAGGGAGACACUCAGAUAGCAGAGGAGAUUUAAAUAGUGGCUCGCAUGAUUCAUUGCAGAAAGAUUCAAGACGAUUGUUGAAACUGAAAAUAAAGAAACAUAAUCCGGAGAGCCAAGAAGGUGAAGCCCCUAGCAUUGUCUAUGAAAGAGGUAAAUCUGGUAAAGGACAUAGGUCUAAGAGGAAAAGAGCAUCACCUCCAGCUGAAAAGUCAGGGUUCAAUGAAGAUGAAGAUGCAUCGCUGUCACGUGAAGACAGUUUGUUAGACGAAAUGCUUGAUGCUAGUUGGAUUCUGAAGAAAUUGGGGAAAGAUGCGAAAGGGAAAAAGGUUCAAAUACACGAGGCCUCGGAUAAUUCAUGGGAGAAAGGAGUGGUAAGUGAAGUAGGAGGAGGAGGCACAUCGAAGUUGAUGGUGACGCUGGAGAAUGGAAAAGUGAAGACUGUUGAGCUCGGGAAGCAAGGGGUUCGAUUUGUUCAUCAGAAACAAAAGAGGACAAGAACGUGAGGGAUAUGUAUUCUUAAAAGUAACCCAUAUUUGGAAACAACGUGAGCUUCUUCUUCUUCUUCUUUACCUUCUAUACCUUUAGAAUCUGUAUGUAACUUUAGCUUCUUUCUUUUUUGCCUGGGAACAAGUAUAAAAGAACUGCUGAGGGAAAUAAGAGUUUCAAAAUUGUAAUAGAUUUGAUAAAAAGUUAGAAGGAUGAAUUCGAACAUGCAAUUAACAUGAUUUUAUGUCUGAAUAACA